AUGGAUCAAAUGGAUUGUAAACCUUACCAGCCACUGCCUAAAGUUCGUUGCGAGAUGGAAUUAGCAUACACAAGUUCUUCAGAUGAAAGUGAAGAUGGAAGAAGCCCCCACAAAUCUCUUGACUCCAGAGAAACACUUCAUGAAUACAAUAAUGAGCUGAGGAUGAAUUACAACUGUCAUAAGAAAGAUAUCAUGCAAACAGUUGAAGAAUCCAGACAAGCAAUGGAAUUCUGCGAAGCUCCAUCAGUGUUGUGUGGUGGGUAUCAGACAGAUCUAUGUGAUCCUUCCCAACACGGAUACCCUAUGAUAGUGGGAUCUGAUGUCGACACUGAAACAGAAGGAGCUGCAUCUCCAGAACAUACUUUACGAUUGUGGAUGCGAGAGAUCAAAUCUGAACAUAGCUCCUGUCUGUCAAGCCGUGCAAAUUCAAUGCUUUCCCUCACUGACACCGAACAGGAAAGGAAGUCUGAUGCAGAAAAUGAAUUGCCUGCUGGUUCUCACAGCAAAUUCACAUUCAGACCCCUACCGCCACCACCUCCGCCUCCACAUGGUUGCACUUGCAGAAGUCAACAAACUCAAUCCUUGGACUCUCUGCAGAGGAAUACAAUGACAGUGCAAAGCCAGCCCAGCCCAGCUUCCACAGAACCACCUGCCAAUGCCCAGCAAGAUUCAGCACAACUCCAUAAUAGCUGGGUGCUUAACAGCAACAUACCGUUGGAGACCAGGCAUUUCUUAUUUAAGCCAGGAUCUGGUACAUCCAGUCUCUAUGGUACUACCAAUCCAAGCUACCCUUUGACCUCCAAUACUGUUUACUCUCCACCUCCAAGACCCCUUCCCAGAAGCACUUUUUCUAGACCUGCCUUCACUUUCAACAAACCUUACAAGUGCUGCAACUGGAAGUGCACAGCUCUGAGUGCGACAGCCAUUACAGUUACUCUUGCUCUUCUUCUAGCCUACGUUAUUGCAGUGCACCUGUUUGGCCUGACCUGGCAGCUGCAGCCAGUACAUGGACAACUCUACGAGAACGGGGGAAGCAAAUCUUUCACUGGGCUGGAAAAUCUGGAUAUCACCUCAUCUCCCCAGGGUGGAAAAGGCUCAAACAAAGAUGACCUGAAAGACAAAGGAGGUCUUGAAGGAAAAACAGUGAAUGUGUUUCAGCGAGGAAGAGCCAUUGACACAGGAGAAGUGGAUAUUGGAAUGCAAGUGAUGCAGACCAUUCCUCCAGGUCUCUUCUGGCGUUUUCAGGUCACUACAGAGCAUCCCCUCUACCUGAAAUUCAAUGUGUCUUUGGCUAAAGAUGCCUUAUUGGGGAUUUAUGGUCGGCGGAACCUUCCACCCACGCAUACUCAGUUUGAUUUUGUGAAACUUUUGGAUGGCAAGCAAUUAAUUAAACCAGAAGCAAAAACUCCAGAGAAGCUAAAGAACACACCUCAGAAUUUGAUUCUGAUGACUCUUCAGGAAGCUGGAUUCAUUGAAUACAUGGAUUCAGGGACUUGGCACUUUGCCUUCUACAAUGAUGGGAAAAAAAUGGAACAGGUCUUUGUGCUAACUUCUGUGAUAGAAUCAAUGGACGAAUGUACCACCAAUUGUAAUGGGAAUGGAGAAUGCAUCUCUGGCCGCUGUCAAUGUUUUCCAGGAUUUGUUGGGCCUGACUGUGCAAGAGACUCCUGCCCUGUCCUGUGUAGUGCGAAUGGUCAGUAUGAGAAAGGUCACUGCUUAUGCCACAAUGAAUGGAAGGGGCCAGAAUGUGAUGUGCCAGGGGAUCAGUGCAUUGAUCCAAGCUGUCAUGGUCAUGGCACAUGUGUCGCAGGGAUAUGCAUCUGUAUUCCCGGCUAUCGUGGAGAAAGUUGUGAAGAAGAAGACUGUUUGGAUCCGACAUGUUCAGGACAUGGUGUGUGUGUGCAGAGUAAAUGCCACUGUGCUGCUGGCUGGGGAGGACUCAAGUGUGAAACUCCAGCACCCAUUUGUCAUGAGCAAUGUUCAGGUCAUGGGACCUUCUUGCCAGAAACAAAUACCUGCAACUGUGACCUCAACUGGACUGGAUCCGACUGCUCAACAGAAAUCUGUGAGGUGGAUUGUGGCGAACAUGGCGUGUGUUUAGGUGGGUUAUGCCACUGUGAGAAAGGGUGGGGUAGCCAAGCCUGUGACCAGCAUGUAUGUCACCCCCGCUGUACAGAGCAUGGAAAAUGUAAGGAUGGCAAGUGUGAGUGCAGUCCUGGCUGGGAGGGAGAGCACUGUACUGUUGAGGGAUGUCCUGGCUUAUGCAAUGGAAAUGGAAGAUGUACACUGGACCAGAAUGGAUGGCACUGUGUCUGCCAAGCAGGUUGGAGUGGGACAGGAUGCAAUGUUGUUAUGGAAAUGAAGUGUGAUGACCACAGAGAUAAUGAUGGAGAUGGUUUAACAGACUGCAUGGACCCAGACUGUUGCAGACAAAGCAUUUGUUACACCGGACAGCUCUGCCAAGGAUCACCUGACCCACUUGAUCUGAUUCAGCAAAGCCAAUUGCCCUUUCCCUUCCAUCCUCCAAGACUCUUCUACGAUAGAAUCAAGUUUCUGGUUGGCAAAGGCAACACACAUGUGCUCCCCAGUGAUGGUCUGUUUGACAGCAACAGUGUCUGUGUUGUUCGAGGGCAAGUGGCAGCAGUGGAUGAAACCCCACUGGUCGGUGUAAACAUCAGCUUUCUGAACCAUGACAAUUAUGGGUACACCAUCAGCCGUCAGGAUGGCAGUUUUGAUCUCGUAGCAAUUGGAGGAAUCUCUGUCACACUAGUCUUCGAGCGUGCUCCCUUCAUCACUGAAAACCGCACUCUCUGGUUGCCAUGGAACAAAUUUGUUGUCAUGGAUAAAGUCAUCAUGAAAAGAGUAAAAUCUAAUCCUCCUCUCUGUGACCUCAGAAGCUUUUCUACUCUGAAUCCAAUUGUACUUCCUUCGCCCCUGACCACGUUUACAGGAUCUUGUCCACAGAGAGGACCGGCCAUCCCGGAAAUACAAGUUGUACAGGAAGAGAUUGCUAUCCCAGCCAGUUUUGUGAAGCUCAGUUACCUCAGCAGCCGUGCUCCUGGAUAUAAAUCAUUACUGAGGAUUAUCAUGACUCAUUCUUCUAUUCCAACUGGAUUAAUCAAGGUUCAUCUUACCAUUGCUAUUGAGGGUCGACUCUUCCAGAAAUGGUUUCCUGCCAGGCCUGACCUGGCUUAUACUUUCACAUGGAACAAAACAGAUGUUUACGGGCAGAAAGUUUCUGGUCUCACUGAAGUAGAGGUUUCAGUGGGUUAUGAAUAUGAAACCUGUCCUGAUUUGAUACUCUGGGAGAAAAGAACAGCAACUCUCCAAGGAUUUGAAAAAGAUGCCUCCAAUCUCGGCGGAUGGUCUCUGGACAAGCAUCAUGUCUUGAACAUACAAAGUGGAAUAUUACACAAAGGGAAUGGAGAGAACCAGUUUAUAUCCCAACAGCCAUUUGUCAUUACAAGUAUCAUGGGAAAUGGUCGUCAACGGAGCGUUGCAUGUCCAAACUGUAACAGUCUGGCAAAGGACAAUAAACUCUAUGCACCAGUUGCACUGGCGUGCGGCCCAGAUGGCAGCAUCUACAUUGGGGACUUCAAUUUCGUACGCCGGAUCUUUCCAUCUGGAAAUGCCAUAAAUAUUUUAGAGCUGAGAAACAGAGACAUGAGGCACAGCCACAGUCCUGCUCAUAAAUACUACCUAGCUGUGAACCCUGUUUCCGGACUGCUUUACCUAUCAGACACCAGCACCAGGAAAGUGUACAGAGUGAAGUCCUUGACUCAAACCAAAGAUCUCUUAAGGAAUUCUCAGGUGGUGGCUGGAACUGGAGAUCAAUGUCUCCCUUUUGAUCAGAACCAUUGUGGAGAUGGGGGGAAAGCAGCUGAAGCCUCUCUCACCAGCCCCAGAGGGAUAGUGGUAGAUAAGUUUGGAUUUAUCUUCUUUGUGGACGGGACCACCAUUCGGAAGGUUGAUCAGAAUGGCAUAAUCACAACGAUAAUUGGUUCCAAUGGUCUAACGUCAACACAACCUCUAAGCUGUGACUCGGUAAUGGAUAUCUCCCAGGUGCGCCUCGAAUGGCCAACUGACCUGGCAGUCAACCCAAUCGAUAAUUCUCUCUACGUGCUUGACAACAACAUUGUGCUACAGGUGUUAGAAACUAGUCAUGUACGAAUCAUUGCAGGCCGGCCUAUCCACUGCCAGGUCCCAGGCAUCAACCAUUACCUCCUGAGCAAGAUGGCCAUUCACUCCACUCUGGAGUCGGCCAGAGCCAUUGCUGUUUCUCACAGUGGGGUACUGUUCAUAGCGGAGACAGACGAGAGGAAGAUCAAUCGGAUACAGCAGGUGACUACCAAUGGGGAGAUCUUCAUUUUUGCCGGCACGUCUACGGAAUGUGACUGCAAGAUUGACCCCAACUGCAACUGCUUCUCAGGUGAUGGUGGCUAUGCCAAGGAUGCCAAACUGAAAACACCGACAGCCUUGGCCAUUUCUCCAGAUGGGACCCUGUACAUCGCAGACCUUGGCAAUAUCCGUAUCCGCGCUGUGACUAAGAAUAAACCCCGUCACAGCCGUUCAAAUGUAUAUGAAGUAGCUUCACCCACAGAUCAGGAGCUGUAUCUCUUUAAUGUUAAUGGGACUCACCUGAACACCUUGAACCUUAUAACAGGAGAUUACAUAUACAACUUCAGUUACAACAGUGAGGGCGACAUCAGCACUAUCUCUGGUAACAAUGGCAACUCACUCCAUAUUCGCCGUGAUGCCAAUGGUACACCCCUCUGGCUCGUGGUUCCAGGGGGUCAGGUGUAUUGGCUAACCAUCAGCAACAAUGGGGCCUUGAAAAAGGUAUCUGCUCAUGGUCAUGACUUAGCAAUGAUGACUUACCAUGGCAACACUGGCCUUUUGGCAACGAAGAACAAUGAAAAUGGAUGGACCACAGUUUAUGAGUAUGACAGUGAUGGUCACCUGACAAAUGUGACAUUUCCGACUGGACAAGUCAGUACUUUUUUUAGUGAGGUGGACAAAUCAGUGCAAGUCCAGGCAAACCUAUCAAACAAAGAGAACUUUGCUGUAACAACCAACUUCUCCGCUACCAGCGCAGCAUAUAUAUUCAAGCAAGAGCAUAUUCAGAAUACUUACUGGGUUGAUCCUGACGGCUCUUUGCAAGUAACCUUUGCCAGUGGAAUGGAACUGACUCUACAGACAGAACCUCACAUUCUGGCUGGAGCUGCAAAUCCAACAAUGGGAAAAUGUAAUAUUUCAUUGCCCGCUGAACACAAUCCUAACAUAGUGGAGUGGAGGCAGAGAAAGGAACAGUCAAGGGGGACUCUUGCAGUCUUUGGAAGGAGGUUUAGGGCUCACAACAGAAAUCUUCUGUCUAUCGACUUUGACCGGGUCACCAGGAUCGGAAAGAUUUACGAUGACCAUCGCAAAUUUACUCUCAAGAUCCAGUACGACAGAUCAGGGCGCCCAGUUCUGUGGAAACCCAGUAACAAUUUCAAUGAGGUCAAUGUCACCUAUUCCCCGAUGGGACUGCUGACAGGUAUUCAACGAGGAACUUGGGUUGAAAGAAUGGAAUAUGAUCAAAGUGGCAGAAUUAUAUCCAGAGUGCUGGCAGAUGGAAAGAUAUGGAGUUACAGUUAUUCAGAAAAGUCUGUGACACUUCUAUUGCACAGCCAGCGAAGAUACAUUUUUGACUAUGAUCAGACUGAUAGACUUUUCUCAGUCACCAUGCCAAGUAUGGUUCGACAUACCAUGCAGACCAUUUGCUCUGUAGGGUAUUACAGGAACAUCUACACACCGCCUGACAACAGUGCCUCCAUCAUACAGGAUUACACAGAGGAUGGGCGCCUGCUGCAGACAUUAUUUCUUGGCACUGGACGAAUGGUGGUCUACAAAUACACUAAACUGUCCAAGUUUUCUGAAAUUCUUUACGACACCACUCAAGUCAAUUUCACCUAUGACGAAGCGGUUGGAGUGAUUAAAACAAUCCAGCUGAUACAUGAAGGGUUCACGUGCACAGUCCGAUUUAGACAAGCAGGCCCACUUGUGGCUCGACAAAUCUUCAGGUUCAGUGAUGAAGACCUUGUUAAUGCUCGAUUUGACUACAGCUAUAAUAACUUCCGAAUUACUAGCAUGCAGGCUAUGAUUAAUGAAACUCCACUGCCCAUUGAUCUUUAUCGACAUGAUGAUGUCUCAGGCCGGUCAGAACAAUUUGGCAAGUUCAGUGUGAUCUACUAUGAUCUCAACCAGAUUAUAACCACCACUGUUAUGACGCACACCAAGAAAUUCAAUGCCAACGGUCAAGUGAGAGAAGUCCAGUUUGAGAUCCUGAGAUCAAUUACAUACUGGAUGACAGUUCAGUACGAUAACAUGGGACGGAUGAUAGUAUGUGAAAUAAGAGUGGGAUCAGAUACCAAUCUCACAAAGCAUUCCUAUGAAUAUGAUGCCGAUGGGCAACUACAAACUGUGUCAAUUAACAACAAACCUCAGUGGCGUUACAAUUACGACUUAAAUGGAAACAUUAACCUGGUGAGCUAUGAAAGUGGUGUUCACCUAACCCCACUGAGGUAUGACCUACGAGAUAGGAUUACCAGGUUUGGAGAAGUCCUGUACAAAAUGGAUGAGGAUGGCUUCCUCCAGCAGAGGGGAGAUACCAUAUUUGACUACAAUUCCAAUGGUCUCCUCAUCAAAGCAUACAGUAAUAAGGAAGGCUGGAGUAUAUUGUACCACUACGAUGGACUCGGAAGGCGUGUGGCCCGCAAAACAAAUGCAGGACAACACCUGCAAUUUUUUUAUGCAGACCUCAUUAACCCAACCAGAAUCACUCAUAUUUAUAACCAUACAAACUCAGAAAUCACAUCACUCUACUACGAUCUUCAGGGUCAUCUCAUUGCUAUGGAGAUCAGCAAUGGUGAAGAGUUUUAUGUAACCUGUGAUAAUACAGGAACUCCCCUAGCUGUGUUCAGUAAUUCUGGACAAGUUAUUAAACAGAUGCAAUACACACCUUAUGGGGAUAUUUACCAAGACUCCAACUCAGAUUUUCAAGUGAUUAUUGGUUUUCAUGGAGGGCUUUAUGAUCCCCUGACCAGGCUCUUGCUUUUAGGCCGUCGUGAUUAUGAUGUUUUGUCUGGCCGUUGGACUACACCAAACUACGAACUCUGGAAAGACUUAAACAACAAUCUAUUUCCAUUCAACCUGUAUUCAUUUAAAAAUAACAACCCGGUCAGCACUGUUCAGGACAUCACACAGUUCACAACAGAUAUUGGGAGCUGGCUGGAACUUUUUGGAUUUCAGUUGCACAAUGUGGUACCUGGAUUCCCUAAGCCUGAAAUGAAUAUCAUGGAAGCAACUUAUGAACUUCUGAAAACUCAAACCAGAACGCAAGACUGGGAUCCCAGUAAGGUUGUAUUAGGCAUACAGUGUGAACUUCAGAAGCAACUCAAAAGCUUCAUCUCUCUGGAACGGCUGCCCCAGACCUCCAUAAGGAGCUACCAGAAAUGCCAAGAUAAACGGCCGAGAUUUGCUGCAGUUCCUUCUGUCUUUGGCAAAGGAGUCAAGUUUGCCAUCAAAGAUGCUAAGGUAACUGCUGACAUCAUCGGGGUUGCCAGUGACGACAGCAGACGCAUAGCCGCCAUCCUCAAUGGUGCUGAUUAUCUGGAAAAUCUCCACUUCACCAUUGAUGGUCGAGAUACGCAUUACUUUGUUAAAUCGGGACCUUUAGAAGAAGACCUGAACAUAAUUGGGAAUACCGGAGGGGGCCGUGUGCUGGAAAAUGGAGUCAAUGUGACUGUCUCUCAGAUGACCUCUGUGGUAAAUAGAAGGACUAGAAGGUUUGCAGAUAUCCAGCUCCAGUAUGGGGCUCUAGGCUUCAACAUCCGCUACGGUGCCACCAUUGAAGAAGAAAGAAUCCAUGUGUUAGAGAUGGCCAGACAGAGAGCUGUAGCCCAAGCCUGGGCAAAGGAACAGCGUAGAGUGCAAGAGGGAGAAGUGGGGGUGAGAGCGUGGACUGACGGAGAGAAGCAACAGCUGCUGAGCAGUGGAAGAGUAUCAGGCUAUGAUGGUUAUUUUGUAUUGCUUGUGGAACAAUAUCCGGAUCUUUCCGACAGUGCCAACAACAUCCAGUUUAUGAGACAGAGUGAAAUAGGAAAGAGGUAACGGUGAAGAAACGCCUGCCUUUCAGUCACCAAAGACUGCCUGUUUUUAAAACAUUUAUUGAUUUGCUGUACUCUUUUCUAGAAUGAUAUUCUGUACAUAUUGUGAUGGAGAAAAAAGUCAAUUUUCAAGCUGCCUUCAAAUGUGAUAAAAUAUGGUAUUUUAAUAAUACCCUUGUUUAGCAUUCCUUUGAGUGGUUGGACACCUGAUCUGGUCCAUAAUCAAUAACAUCAGACAACAGUGCUCAGUCCAGAUCAGACGUAAAUCUAUACUAUAGUUCCAGAAUACACUAGUAGGGGUUGAGUGCAUUCAUUAAAUACUGUACUUUGUCUCUAAUGUACGAUUAGAAAAAGAUGCCAACUGUGUUCUUCAUAACAGUUCAGAAUCGCAUAUCUUCUGUCACAUAAUGAUUGUCCAAGGGUGCGUUGCAUUAUUGGGCUAGAUACGAUAGCUACAGAUGUUUAAUUUUGAUAUUCUUCAUUUUUUAUUUAAUUGUGAAUGGUCUACAAUGCUGUGAACAAAAAGAGUAUGUAUGAUUGGUGUGUAAAGCACAGUACACCUGUUUUAAACUGCUUAUGGUGGUGGGUGCGGUUAAAGCCUGUUGUGCAUUAUUUCCCACAGUAAAACAUAUCUUUAUUGUUCACCAUUAAAACCAGUUAUUUCCUCAUUUAAAUCAAAUUGGUGGUGUAAUUGCUAAAGUAAAGAGCAAUUUGGUUUUCUUUUCUAGGUAUAACCAUACCAGGAAGUAUACAUUAAAGUGUAACUUCUUCACUAACUUUGUGUAAUUAAUUUUAGAAUGUAGUCUGGCGCAACGUCAACACACGUUUACAGUAUGUGAGGGGCAAGCCAGACAAGUUGUUAAUAUUUUUAAUUAUGAUGUAAAAUUCCUGGUAAACAUUAUUAACGCCAGCCAUUGCGACCUGCUAAUUGUUACGUGUUUUCAUGUACUGAGUAUGCAAUCUGCAUUCAAGCAAGAUAUGAUGGAAGUUGGUUCUGGAUUUGUGGAAUCAACUGAUUCUGUAUGGAAGUUUAUA